AUGGGAAAACCACAAAAUACACCUGAUGUUGAUGACGAUGCUUCUACUCCUCCUCCUGCCUACCAAGAGACUCCACCCUUUAACCCACACUAUCAUCAGCAGCAAGAUGGUCCCAGCUCGACGUAUCAAUCACCUCCAUUCAAUCCAAAUUACAACCAUCAGCAUCAUCACAGCUCACCUCCCCAUACACCAGAUAUAAAUCAAUCCCUCUAUCCUCAAAUUCCUUCUUCGCCUCCUCCUCCACAACAACCCUAUCAACCAUUACCACCACAGCAAGCCAGAUACCAAACCAUUGAGUUACCCUAUCCAUCCACUACACCCAAUGUCACUCCACGUAUGAUACGCAGACAAAUUGAAGAAAGAAGAAAGUUUCCUCUGGCAGCCAUUUUCUUUUUGUUUGGAUGGUUUUGUCCACCUCUAUGGGUUAUUGGUGCAUGUUGCUGCGCAGGAAGUCGAAACGAGUAUGAAUCUUUCUGGGGAAAGGUCAAUUUUAUCAUGGCAAUGGCAAUGAUUGUAACCUCUAUUAUUUAUUCCAUUUUUGCAAUGUCUCAAUACAUGUAG